GAUUUCCGGCGAGUUUCCAGGAGCGAUAGAAUGGCGUUGAGAUCGAUUUGCCGGCUGUCAAUUGAUUCGACCUUCAGGCAGUCGAGCCAUUUCGGAGCCACCGCCCGGCCGAGACGACCGUUCUUUGACACGCUCCUACGAAGUUUUGCCGCAGCAGCUAAGAACAUGGCACUGCCACGCGUUUUCUUCGACAUGACCGCGGACGACAAGCCCGUGGGUCGCAUCGUGAUGGAGUUGAGGAAAGAUUGUGUCCCCAAGACAGCAGAGAACUUCCGCGCACUUUGUACCGGAGAGAAAGGUUUCGGAUACAAGGGUAGCAGUUUCCACAGGGUGAUUCCGAACUUCAUGUGUCAGGGUGGUGACUUCACCAACCACAAUGGCACUGGUGGAAAGUCCAUUUAUGGCGCCAGGUUCGAGGACGAGAACUUUAAAUUGACUCAUACUGAACCUGGUAUACUAUCUAUGGCAAAUGCUGGCCCCAACACUAACGGCAGUCAGUUCUUCAUCACCAGUGCCAAGACCAGCUGGCUCGACGGAAAGCACGUCGUGUUCGGAAAAGUCACCGAAGGGAUGGAUGUUGUUAGAAAAUUGGAGGCCAUGGGUUCUCAAAGCGGCAAGACAUCCAAAAAGAUCAUAAUAGCGGAUAGCGGAGAGUUGUAGAUCAACUAGAUACUGUAAUGACUGCAUUUUUAUUUAGCUGUUGCAUACCUAUUUGCUGUCUUUAUUGCCCUACUUCAUCCAUUCCUAUUGACCAAAAUUCUCUCAUCGCAGCUAAUAAUUUGUUACCAAGCACGGAAAUUCAAACUUACUCAAUUUUGUAUAAAUGAAAGAAAUUGCCU